GCUGGUGUUGCAGCUCAAGUCUUCGAACAGAUACUCUGAACUCGUUUCUAGGGUUUGUACUUUAAAGAAGAAGAUGAACUUAUCACUCACUUCCUUUACUAAUUGAUUGCGAAAACAACGAAGAUUUCGAUAAUUUCAUUUCUCAUUGCAACAAUGCAAGGAAUUGGAUUUUGAUUUGAUAAUUUGAUUAUUGAAAAUACUGCAGCCAAAAUCUUGAAAGUGAACUUUCAAAUUCUACUUGAAAAUUCUGAACAACAACGAAUCGGAAAUUCCGAUUGAGUAUUUUCGAUGGAAAGGUCUAGAUCUAAGAGAAAUUACUACUAUGACCAAGAUUAUGACUCUGAAACGUUGGCUAGAACACGGCCACGUUAUAACCACCACUACAACACUAAUUCUCACCGUUAUCGCGGCGGCGGAGGUGGUGGUGGUCGGCACCUCAAGACACAGGACUCGUCCUUAACGGUUACGACUAGUUACCGCAUUUUAUGCCAUGACUUGAAGGCCGGUGGCGUGAUUGGGAAGUCCGGCAGUAUUAUUAAGUCCAUUAGGCAGCACACCGGCGCGUGGAUUAACGUGCAUGAGCUGAUCGCCGGAGAUGAAGAGCGUAUCAUCGAGAUUUCCGACACGCGCCGGCGGGACCCGGAGGGAAGGAUGCCGUCGUUCUCGCCUGCGCAGGAGGCGCUAUUGCUGAUCCAUGAGAGGAUUUUAGAGAGCGAGCCGAUGUUUGGGGUGGACGAGGAGGAGUACGGCGGAGGUGGUGGAGGAAGAGGUGGUGGUGGUGGGAACAACCGUGUGUCUAGCAGAUUGGUGGUGUCGAAAAUGCACGUUGGGAGUUUGUUGGGAAAAGGAGGGAAGAUAAUUGAACAAAUGAGGAUUGAAACGAAGACACAAAUUAGGAUUCUACCUAGAGAUCACACUCUACCUCGUUGUGUUUCCUUGUCUGAAGAGAUUGUUCAGGUUACAGGCGAUAUGAAUGCUGUAAAAAAUGCUCUUGUAAUCAUAUCUUCCCGGUUGAGGGAGAGCCAGCACCGAGAUCGUAGUGGUGGUCAUUUCCAUGGGCGUGUACAUUCACCGGAGCGGUUUUUCCCUCCUCCUGAUGAAGAUUAUAUUCCUCAUGUGACUAGUGGUUCUCGUAGAUCAUCUGUGGAGGGGGUUGGUUUUGGAUCACGGGUAGCUACCAGCAAUGCUAGAAACAAUAAUCAUGCCUCCUUAGCUUAUGCAAUGGAUCCAGGGGCUGCUCCUGUUGCUGAUGGACAGCCCUUCUAUGAGGACCUUGUUUUUCGUAUACUUUGUCCAGUUGACAGAGUCGAUCGGAUUGUUGGGGAAUCAGAUGGAAUGAUGGAGCUACUUCAAAAUGAAGUUGGCGUAGAUGUAAAGGUUACUGAUCCUGUUGUCGGCUCCAAUGAACAGAUAGUUAUCAUUACUUCCGAGGAGGGUCCCAAUGAUGUGCUGUUCCCAGCUCAGGAAGCUCUGUUACAUAUACAAUCUCGCAUAGUUGAUCUUGUUCUAGAUAAGGACAACAUAGUUACCACCAGGCUUGUUAUCCCUUCUGGCGACAUUGAAUGCUUAGAUGGAAAAGAUGCAUCACUAUCGGAAAUAGGGAGGUUGACUGGUGCAAGUAUUCAAAUAUUGCCUAGAGAAGAGCUACCUCCCUGCAUUGCAAACUCUGAUGAACUGUUACAGAUUGUGGGAGAGAUAGAAGCAGCCCGGAAUGCUGUUCUUGAUGUGACCUCAAGAUUAAGAAGUUACUUGUAUAGGGAUUUCUUGCAAAGGGAAACAGUACCUCCAUCUGCCCCCUUAUCUGGUGUGGAGGCAUCUUCUUCUAAUAGUAUGGCUCCAGUUACUGAAACUGCCACUAUCAAUCACAAUUUGCAAAGUCUGGCAGUAGCCCUUGCGUCAAAGGAAACUGGAGGUUACACUGAGACAGGAAAACAGAAAGAAAGUGACCGAGGUGAUGAUUUGCAUAGUGGUUUAAAUAGGAUCGCUGUGCCUCUUGUAACAAGGAGUACACUUGAAGUUGUUAUACCAGAGUAUGCAGUUCCAAAGCUUUUAGCAAAAUCCAAAAGCAAGCUUGCACAGAUAAGUGAGUUAUCGGGAGCCAAUGUAACGCUUGUAGAGGACAGACCAGAUGUGACAGAGAAGAUUAUUCAGUUAUCCGGUACUCCAGAGCAGGCAGAGAGAGCACAAAGCUUGCUCCAGGGGUUUAUUUUGAGUACCCAAGAAGAUGGUCCUUAAGUGAUUGAUGUACUGAAAGCCGGUUAGAGUAAAGAAUAGUGCCAUUAAUUUGUUGCCUGGGUAUUUUGUUCCAUGCACUGAUUAGUUUUCCAUACACAUAUCUACAAGAUUUGUGUCACCAAGAAUUGGAAUUUUCAUUUUAAGGGAAGCAUUCUACUGUAAAUGAUGGUACUAAGAGAGCUUCUUUGUUAAUUUUUUAGUAUUUUGCAGCAAGUGAAUGGGAGCAAUUGUUGCCUAUACUGGAUGGUGUUUUCCUGAUCUAUUAAUUUCAGAUCAAGUCAUCAAAAGAUUUUGCAAAAGAUUUUACUGGA